AUGUCUUUAGAUAGAUUUGAUAAAGGAGAUAUUAGUAAUUAAGAAGAUCAAGAUGAAAAUAUUGCAUUAACUUAGAAAAAUAUUCAACAAACUAAAUAAGAUAUCAGAAAAAGCAAAAUAAGCUUGAGAAUUAGCAAAGCAUAAAUUGCUCAAGCAAGUUAAAUUAAUGUUUAAUAAUCAUAACUCGAUCUUAAUGGGAAACAAACUUUAUUGUAAAUUAGACCUAGCACAAUAUAUGAUUAAGGCUUAUAUCAACAUAAUCCUGAAGAUGUUUAUACUCCUUAAGAACAUGCCGAAGCCAUACAACAUAUUUAGGAAUUUGUAAAGGCUACAAAUAAUUUGAAUGAUAAUUUGCCAAUUUAUGAUAUUGUUAAAGAAUAUUGCAAAAAUAGAAAAAAUAGAUAGCUUCUUAUUUUAAAUGAUUUUCACCUGUAUUUGAGAGAUGCUUAUAUGGCUAAAUUUGGAAAAUAAUAAACUAUUCUAGAAAUAAUCUAUUAAAUAUCUCUUGAAAAGGAUUUUUGCGAUGAAUUGGCUUUGCUAGGAGGGCUAAUUGAUGAGGCGUUUGUCUUUUUACAAACACAUUUAAAAAGUUACAAUAAAAUUGAUGUAGAUGAUUAUUAUAAUAGAUAAAACAAAGAUUCACUCAAUCAACAUAAUGUAGAAAUUAUAGACAGUGCUACGCUAUUAAAACUUGAUCUCUGGAUAAGAAUUAUUUCAAAUUUUUGUAAGAACGAUCAAGUUAUUGAUUAUGUAGCCAAUAAUAAAGAAGACUUUAUCAAAUAUAUGCUAGUUUUUCUACAGAACAUAGAUACUGUUAUAAAAAAGAAUCCAAAUCUAUCAUCUAUUAAUUCAGUAAUCAUAGCUUCAACAGUAAAGACAGGGGUUUUGGAAGCUAUGUUUUUAGUGACUUAAAUUGAUGAAAUGAAGAGAAAAGUUAUAUUUAAUCAAUAGUAUUUUAGUGCUAUUUAUUUAAACUUGUUAAAGAAAACAUCGAAUCAGACUAUUUUUUCUAAUUUGUGCAAACUUAUGUCUUAGUUAGCUCAAAGUGAUAAGUUUCCUAUCCAUAUUUUAGGACUUAAUAUCAUUGAAGACUUUUUGUUGAGCUACAUGAUGAGAACUAUCUAUAAUGUAGGAUUACCUAAUAGUGAUCCAUAAGAUACUUCUUAAUCUUUAUGGAGCUCUAUUCAAUAAGAAAGAGAGAGCAGAUAAAACUUUUUAGCAGAAGUAUGGCUAGCAAGAACAUUUUUUUAUUUAACUACUAAUUCUCAUCAAAGGAAAUUGCUUAUGAAAUCAAUAAAUGGAUAUGAGGAUCAUGUUUUAUUUAGGUUUUUGUUUAAGUGUUUUUCUAAUAAUUUGUUUGAAGCUUAGAUUUACAUGUUAUUAGGUUUGACACAAUUAGCACAAAAGGAAUAACUUCAAGCAACUAAAGAUUAUCAUAAACAAAUUGUCAUGUACAUUUACCAAUAGUGCGAAUAAGUUUACAUAGAAAAAGAUGCUAAAGAUGAUAAAUAAAAGAUGCUAAUUACUAUUUUAAUGACAAGAUUUAUUAAAUUUUUGAACUUUAAUAAAUAAGAAAUUGAGAAAAUUUUAGAGUUGAUGAAUGUAAAAUUAAAUAACUCAUUAAAAGUUCCUGGCACAAUAACUGAACCAGUUAUUGUAGAUUAAUAUUUGUUAUAGUAAAUGUAAACUAAAAAAACUAAGAAAUAUGAAUAGAAUGAUGAAGUGUAUUAGAAAGAAGUAAUGGGAUAUAAUGUUUAAGGACUUGUAAUUUAAGAGAGACCAUAUAACGAUAGUGUAGAUUAUUCUAGGCUUAUUAGUGAGAUGAGUGAAGGAGACUUUGAAGAUUCGCUUUUAGAAGAUUAAAUCUAUCAUUUAAGAUUAAAUUUUUCAUCAAAAAAUAAUCCUAUCGAAAAUAAAAAAACAGCAAAUAUUAAAAAAAAAGAAAUUUUUGAUAGUGAAAAUUAAUUAUUUAACUUUGAAAAAUUAUUUUAUUCUAAGUACAAAAAUCAAAAUGAGAAUGAAAUCAAAAAGCAAAAUUAACAGUAACUUUUAAACAAUAGUUUUUUGAAAGAAUAAUAAAUGCUUAUCGAUUAAAAAAAAUACAUAACCAAAGAAGAAUAAGCACUUAAUCAAGAAAGCAUUUCAUUUGGUUUAACUCCUAUGGCAAGAAAUUAAGCAUAGAUUAAUCCAGCAAGUUUUAAUAUAAGUGCAAUUUAAAAUGAUAAAGACAUCAAAAGUAAUAACUAAUCCUACGAAUUAAUAAAAUAAGACUUGAACAUAAUGAAUAGCAAUUAAAAAGGUAAUCCAUCUAAAUUUAAAUAAAACGCAUAAAAUCAAUAAUCACUAAGUAGUAUUUAAGAUAUUAAAAAUGAAAAUGAAAUUAUAGAUAAAAUCAACAAUAUUAGCUAAAAUAAUUAGUUAGAAAAUUAAUUUAUUUAAUAACCUAUAAGUGAAAAUAUAAAUUUUAAUAAAAGAAAAUCAUCAUUAAACACUUAAAAAUAUCCUAAGCAAGUUAAUCAAAUAAUUGAAAAAUAAGAUUAAAUACCUUUAUAUCUGAAUGAAAAAAAAUAAUGUUUUAUGUUUCAUUAGCAUUAUUAAAGGAGAUGUGAAUACUGUUAAAGUAUUUUUUAUUCAUUUUUCGAUCAACCUAGCAUAUUAGUAGAAUAGUGGAUAUUUAAUUCCUAAGAUUGUUCUUUUGAUGAUGUUUUUUAGAUUGACUUCUUUUAUGAAAAUUUUAUUUAGAUAAUUCAUAGUUUGUUUUACUUUUCGAUGGUGGUAAAAGGAGAAAUACCAUUUAGCGUAUUAAAGUAAACUUGUAUAGUUUUAGCAGAUGAAAAUAAAAUAUACGCUGAUAGAAGAUAUAAAGCAGCUAUUAUAUUACUCCUUUCUCAUAUUGUUAAAAUAAAUCCUUCUUAUGUUAGCAGACUUAUUUAGAUUAAUUUUUUAAGCGUUUAAGAUUUUAUUCUCACUCAAUUUCUUAAUUGCUUUGGGUAUAAGACUUUCAAUUUAAUAAAACUUAUAAAAAGAGGUACAGGAACUGUAAAUAAAUAACCUAUUUUCGAAUAAGUUCAAAGAAGAGGCAGCAAACUAUCUUCACUUAAUGAAGAGGAUCUUGAAGGAGAACAAAAAGAUAAUAUAUAUGAGAAUUUUUUAGUUCAAAGCACUCUUUAGCUUGAAUUUGAUGGAACAUAAUUUAAUGCAAGUGAAGUUACUUUAUCUGUUAAGCAGUCAGCCGAAUUUUUAAAAUAAAAUCAAGACAAAGAAAUAGAUAAUCCUGAGCACUUAUAAAAAGAAAAUUACACAGAUUAUUACCUCUAAUUACAUUCCAUUUAGCAUAUACUUGACUUAUCUUAUAAAUUGUUUAAGUAUGCAAUCAAAUAAAAAAAUGAGUUGGUUUUGGAAGGAGCUCCUAAUCUAAUUGAGUAGCUCAUUUACUUAUUGAUAUUUUUCAAUGAUAUUAAUUCUUACGAAUACCCAAGGAUUCCCUUUUAUAUUAAUACAAAAUGUUGGAGAUAGAAUAAAUUAUUGAUUUAAAAAGGGUUUUCGAACGUUGUAAAUAUAAUCAAAUAAUUUUUAAUUCAGAAGCAAGUUGUAACGGAGUAUUACAAAAUACAAUAAAAUAGCCCUCAUUUGUUAGAUAUCAUAAAGAUGGCAGAAUUCUUCCCUUCUUUUAAAGGAUGCAUUCUUCUUUUUUAAAUAGUAUAUUACAUAUAUAAAUACAAAUCAGUUCAGAGGAAAAGUUUUGAUAACUAUGAUCUCUAAUGCUUUUGUGCAGGUCUUAAGUCCUCAGCUUUAGCUCAAAAAUUGCAUUUAGAAUCAAAGAAAAAAUUAUUAAGUUAUGAUGUAAAAAUGCUCUAGAAAUUCUUGAAGAACAGAAACGAUGAAUAAAAUGUUGGAAGAAUUUUGAAGUUUUAAAUAAUAUGUUUAUAGUUUUUCUGUUCUUUUUAAGGAUAAGAAAUGCUUAAAACUAUUAAAAAAGAAGGAUAUUAAAACUUAGAGCUAUACCUUUCGGAAAUUUUCACAAUUUUAGAAUUAUGUAAAAAACUAUAAUUUAUAAUUUAUAAGAAUAAUCUGAAUGUAUAAUCGAUGCAAGAUCUUGUGAUAAAUGGUCAGAAAAUUGAAAAUUAGGUAUAAAAUGAAAAUAUUAAAGAUGACAACUCUCAGUAAUACAAAACCGUUGGUAAUCUGGAAAACUUAGUUAAUGAUUUUCAAUCAUCACUGAUGCUUUUCUUAAGCAUGCUCUGUGAAUAUAGAAAUUUUUCUGACACCAUCCUUUCUCAUCAAACUUUUUAAUAUAUAAUGAAAAAUAUAAAACACUUAAAUUUAUCUAAUGAAGCAUAGUUUUGUUUUACUGGCACAAUCCAUUCUCUGGCAAAAACUAAUGCUUGUCUUGAUAACCUCUAAAAAUAAUAUAAAGAAUUUUCUAAAGAUUUAACGCUGCUACUCUAUUAAGGAAGAAUCAAUAAGAAUAAUUUGAUGCCAUUGUUUAGAAGUGUAAGAAUAUUAUUGUAAAAUCGUCAUCAAGAUUCAUAAUACUUCAGGGAAAUGAUUCCAAAGCUAAGAGAGUAUGCAGAGAUAUCUUAAAAUAAAAACAAAGAUUUUAAAAAGUUAGAGGAAAAUUUGGGAAACCUAAAUAUCAGCUAAAUUAACUAAAAUGCUGAAAAUAAUAUCAAUUAACAAUAGAAAAUAAAAUCAUAAGAAAACAAUUAGAGUUUUAUAAAUCAACAAAGUUUUGUAUAGAUGCUUCAUGUAAAUGGCAAAAAGCCUGUUGAAUCUUUCUUGGAUAAUGACGAAAUGACUUUUCUUUAAAACAUGAAAGACGAGAAUGAGUCAGCUGUUUAAAAUGUUAAUGAAACUGUGAGUAUAUUAAAUAAAAAUAAAAAAUUAUAAGAUAUGAGUAAAGUUGAAAAAAAAUAAUUCUUUUAAGAAAUGUUUGUAAAAGAAUCCAGACUUCUUUUAAAACUGUUAGUUGUUAUAAGUGAGAAUGAACUUAAACAAAAAAUUAAAGACAUGUAAUUAAAUAAAGAGUUUAAAAUAGAUGAAGCAGGAACUCUUUCUAAAAAAACUCAAAAGCAAUAAAUUGAUUAUGAGGAAAAAAAGAAAAAUAUAAUAUAACUCCCUCAUAAUGAAAGCUCAAUAUAUGGAUAUGAUGUAAAAGUAAACUACGAACUGCCUUUAUCCAGAGUUCCAGACUUCUAUAAAAAAAGUGCUUAUGAACUUUAUGAAGAGAGAAAAAAGUUAAAAGAAAAAUAAUAGAUGAGAGAUAAUGAGCCUAUCCCUAUUAUUCAAUUAAAAGAUGAUUCAGAUAGUACACUAAUUAGAAUAAAAAAUGCUUAAAUUAAUGAUAUAUUUGAAAAAAAACCUGAAUUCUUACAGGAAAAGCAAUCAAUUUAAGGUUAGUAAAAGCAUUUCUCAUAAAAGGGAUUUUCUUAAGAACCAAAUAAAAAUAGGUACAGUGCAUAAAGUUUAUAAGAAAGUAAUGAUUUUAAUAAAUAAAAUGGAUAGCAAGUUGAAAGCUUAGCAAAAUUUAUGAAGCAACAGCAAGAAAAGUAAUACUACAAUAAUGCUAAUUCCAAAAAUAUUUUACCAGCAGAUUUCAGUAGUUUAAGUUCUAUUUAGCAGUUAAAUAAAAAGGAAAUUAACUUUUAAUUAAAUUAAAAUGCAUCUUAGUAAAUGUUUAAAUAGUAAAAAAACUAAUCAUCUAAUAUCCUUUCAAAUGAUUAUUCAGUUCUAAAAAGUACAGGUUAAAAUAUUUUACUAGAUGUUGAUGAAGUAUAUAAAAAAAUGUAUUAAAAAAAAUUAUUUUAAUGA